GACGCCGCGAGGCUUCCACCCUCUCGCGCUUGUUCUCCCCGGCUGGCGGUUCAAUGAGGGUGGAGACUGCGCCGUGUCCGGCCGCGUUCUCGCCGUUCUCGCGGACGCAGCGCGUAAUAAUCGCACGCGGACGGUCCAUCGGAGCGACGUUUAGAAUGGCGUGAGUAGCACGUCACCGGCAGCAUGACUACGAGGUCGAAGGAGAAGGUCGUGGCGGCCUUCCGCAAGCUCUUCCGGUCUUCCGACAAGAUCACGGAGCAGGAGGGGGCCAGCGGUUCAACUGGCUCGCCGUCGAGGAGGCUUCUGAGUCGUCACCAUCGCCCGGAUGCCGUUACCCCGGCUGCCAGCUCGAUGCCGGAGAACUCAGGUUCCAGUCGCGCCGAUCACGGCAGUUGCUUCUUCAAGUCGAAGAAGUCGUCCGGCACUUCCGGUCAGACCAUGAGCAUGGCCGAGAAAGGUCUGCGCCGGCUGAUGAAGGAACUCAGCGAGAUCCAGAGGAUGCAACAUCACCGCGACUCGACCUUCACCGCGGAGCUGGUGAACGACAACCUGUUCGAGUGGCAUGUGCGGUUGCAUAAGAUCGACCCGGAGAGCGAACUGGCGGCCGACAUGCGGGAGCUGGAUAUACCCCAUAUACUGCUGCACGUCAUCUUCCCGGAGAACUUCCCGUUCGCGCCACCUUUCAUGAGGGUGAUCUCGCCGAGGAUCGAGAAAGGCUUCGUGAUGGAGGGCGGCGCGAUCUGCAUGGAGCUCCUGACGCCGAGGGGAUGGGCCAGCGCGUAUACCGUCGAGGCGGUGAUCACGCAGUUCGCCGCGAGCAUCGUGAAGGGACGGGGACGAGUGGCGAGAAAACCGAAGUCGAACAAAGAGUUCACUCAGCGGUCGGCCGAGGAGUCGUUCAAGAGCGUGGUGAAGACGCACGAGAAGUACGGCUGGGUGACCCCACCUCUCGCCGAAGGCUGAUCGGAGAGUGUUUCUUUGUCGAGAGCCAGAAAAGGCUCGCAUCUCUCGCUUGAGGAACUGCGGCCGAAGUGAUUCUUUCUUCCGACUUUAACGGCGGUAGUGGUGACGGAGACGCCGACAGUGAUUUCUUUAUCCCUGAGGGAGCUCGAGGUGUAAUUUUAAUUGUUACAUAAUCGCAAGUAAGAGGUAUGUGCAACUAGGUGCAGUCAAGAGCGCCGGAUUCCAACGCGUCGCACGGACGACGCGCGUGCACGUGUUUCUCCCGUUUUUUUCGUCAUUUUUCGCACAUUUUUCAAUACCUUUUAUAAUGCAAUACUACCAUGCCAAAUUAGUUGUUAAGACAAGCGCGACAAGGCUUCUGCGUUGAGACAACGGUUUAACGCAACGGCUUCUGCGUUGUGAUCGCGUGCACAGUCGGCGUCAUAUACACCGUCUAUGUGUGUAGUCACUUACGAAAAGGUCUCAACACUUUUUCUUGAUAAGUUUCGUAACGUAUCCCGUAUAGGAGAACUUUUAAUAACUCUCAGGAGGUACAUUUUUCCAUUGAAUAUUUUCUAUACGAGAUAAGUUGUGAAGUUCGAUGAAAAAAAGGUUACACCUUUUUGUGACUGACCAUACCAUUUCUUAGAUCGACGAUUACGCAAUUUUCAGUCUUACAUAUGUACAAACAAGGUUAAAGCCGUCAUAAUUAAAAAGCUAGUAUAACCCUGUCAUUAUAAUUAGAGUUACUUUUGCGAUUUUCGACCUUAUGGGUUAUGUGGAAGGCUGAAAAUCGUGGAAUUUCUCGUCGUCAAGGAAUGAUAGAAGUGUAUAUGACACCGAUCGUAUGCACGAUUACCUUUAUGCGCAGCUUCUCCGAUCGACAAUGGUUCGCAAGAGAGGUUCCAUCCGUUGUACAUCGGAAGCUCAUAACGGAGUACUUCGUUUCGGUAGCUU